AUGAACCACUCUGGCUAUGUUGAACACUACCACUGUAAUCCCUCAGACGGGUCCACAUCUAUAUCCGCAGAGGACGGUCAGUUUGAGGGCCCUUCUCAGCCAAUAAACCAGCGACUCCCUGCGUAUUUCACCGUACCAGCACCGGCAAACCCAGCUGAACUGAUCCCGCCGAUGGCACCGGGGACAAAUGCUCGUUUGUAUAAUUCUGACAUUCCGCCUGAAAAUGCCCCCUCUUUCACAUCUCAUGGGGUCAAUGGAAUCCACCCCUCCUUGAUAGCGCCACAUCCAAACGUGCCUAGAGCAAUGGCGCCGAUGGGGCCCCAGACAUGUUCAAUUACAGAGACAGACAACUGCGCGAUUCCACUUUCAUCUGAGCAGUUUUCAAAGCUUCUGGAAACGCUUUCACCCGAGCAGAUUAACAUCCUUGCACAAGCUUUGUUAAAUGACCCCUUUCCGGGUGAUGAAGUCGCGCCCUUGUCGCUGGCCCCAUACCCAUCGGUGCCAGCAAGCGAGGUUGGAUACAUGGCGGCGAUGGGACCGCAGGACUUCACGAACUUCGACGCAUUGCAAAGAUCAGGCGCCAAUUAUUUCACACCCAGCCUAGGACACGACUCCUAUGGACUCUCCCCAUCACUACCUUCAGACCCAUCAACACCAGCGAACCAACCUGGAUCACUGGCACCGAUGGCGUGGGGGCAAAAUGCCCAUCAUAGCCCCAGGGCCAGUGCCUAUUAUCUCGUGGAAAGACCCAUCGCAUCGCUGCCCUCACGUGUGUCUCAACCGCCGAGCCGCGCGAAUGGCAGCACCAGGAUCGUUCAAUCCGGUCCCUCCUACCUGCCGAGCCAUCAGGACACCCUUCCUUCCCGAAAUACUGCCGAAGUUGGCCACCCAGCGAGGACGGCGGGGGCGAAAGGCAAGAAACGAGCCGGUGAAGCUCUAGAAUCUAAUGAUCAGACACCCCAACAAUCAACCAGAAAGAAACCCCUCAGACUAGGCGAAGAUAUUGUUGACAAAUAUGUGAACAGGUUACCUAAUGACAUAUUGCAAUGUGGGGAAGAAGGCUGUGGGAAACUGUAUGAGAGGAAAGAUUUGUGGAACCUGAGGAAUCACCUUAGGACAAAGCACGGACACGAUCCGAAGCCCUUGUUUUGUAAAGUUUGCAAUGCUGACUACAAGAAUCCCAAUGAGCUGGCGAAGCACAUGUGGAAAAAACACAACGGGCCAGCACCAAAGCAACGGAAGACAAAGCAGAAGGCUUCAACGAAGAGGGAAAAAUGCAAAUACUUCGAGCAGUGUAAGACGGACUUCGCAUGCCUGGAGAGCCAGCCAUAUAUCGACCACUUGAAGAAAAAACACAACGUGAUUCAAGUGCUAGAGGCACCCUGCAAGCGCGAAAUGGGACAGUCGUCAGUCGACUUCGAUGGUCAACAGGAGCCACAGCCAGCCUCCAACCAUCCUGCAAACCCAGAACGACGGCACGGACGAGCACAGACAUACACGACAAUGACGAGGACGAAUCCGCUGGUCAGGUUCCUGCAAGCUUUGGCACUGCUGCUCUGUCUCGUAUACCUGCUGAGAAGGUCGACUGGCGAUAGCAAAUCUCCAUCUGACUGGCAUGUGUCGAGCUGGUUGGCACAGAACCCGACCAAUCGAUUCAAAGUGCCGCCCGAUUGUGACCCAUACGCUGAACUCGGACAUCUCUUCACGGCAGACAACCUACACGAUUCGAGAUAUAUCAUCUACAACGACCACAAGCAGCCCGCGCUGGAUGCUCCAGAUCAGGACUGGGUUGUUCCAUCUUUAACCGCGACGAUCCACGAGCACAAGUUCCUUGAAUUAGACUUCUUGAGGAACCGAUCGGUGAUCAUGAUCGGAGACUCGAUUGACCGGAACCUUGUCACGCAUUUCGGUAGGCGGGGCUUGGCCGGCACGAAAGGCCACCACAAGUUCUUCGAAGCCCCUGACCAGGCUCACAUUGCUAUCCCUAAACUCGAGUCCCACAGGAUCGGAAUGGCCUAUCUGCCCGAGCUCAACUUCACCCUCUACAACUGGUUCCUCAUGGGUCUCGGCGUAAAGAAGGAGGUCCCGUUCUUCCAUGCUCGCGAAGACUUGCCUCAAGAGUUUGAGAGCAAAAUGGAGACCUUCUUCCUACCACUCCUGCGAGCUAAUCUGAUCGCCAAGCCCGAUCUCAUCGUCUUCAACACUGGCUUUUGGGAUCUAGAAUAUCUAGCUAGAACUCGGACGGCCCAAUACAAUUUGCCGGAUGUCCAACCAAGGGCCAAAGAGGGCCCUACAGGCUUGAAAAUCAUCAAUUUGGGCGAUGGCAAUCCGUUAUCAUUGACCGAGUUGGCCUACCAUAGAGUCAGACUUCGAAGCUUCUUGAAGAUGUUGAUUGACUCCUUAAAAGCAAUCUAUGGUCCUUCCCAAAACUCAAACUAUCUCGACCGACCAAUCGAAAUUAUGUAUCGCUCAAUGCAGUUGGGUAAUGCUAGUCUCACCAACGCGUUUGCUGCCGAAAGAAUCCAUCAACUCGAAGAAUCUAACCGACUCGUCCUUAAAGAAUUCAACAUCAAAGUCAUCGAAUGGGGUAAAAUGACCAUCGGUUUGGAUAGCCAACUGGAUGACCCUUCCAUCCAUUACGGGAUUGGCUCUGCCCAGUACAUUUUCGGAGACAUGCUAUUAUUUUACCUUAAACGACUUGUUUCUGGGUCCAAAGACGAAUGGGUCGGCUGUGAUUGGAUCCGCAAUCGCAACUUGUAUUACAAGACUUGA